CACAGUGAGCGACUUCUGAUUGGCCAAGCUGGACCACGUGACCUGCCUCAUUACCAUACGGCCAGGUAGAGAGGGAGCAAGCAGUUCCGGCUGUGCGUGCAACGCCGCUUCGUCUCGUCGGAUCAAAUGUGUUGGUUUUUUCCCUUCUUUUUUGUUUAACCGGGACCUCCUCAAAACGGCUCACCUUUUCCGCACGGGUUGCUGGCCGUUCGACAGAUGCUGCAUGAUUGAUAUCAAACCGAUGGUCACACUUCACUUCCAUCGGUCCGUCACCAUAGCGAUGCAGACAUCCAUCCCACCCACGGUGUCGGCACUGGUCUCCACUGUGGCGCUCCUUCUCUGCUUGGCUCUGCUGCUGAUGCUGUGUGUGCUGAAGAAGAAAAGAAGGAUGGAGGGAACAUACCGGCCCAGCGCAGAGGAGAGAAAACAGAUCGGCGGGAGCAGAUCCGACAAGUCCGGCCUGCCUCUCCCCUUGCCCAAAGAAGAGCGCCUCAUAUGAUUACGCCGUGCAAAUGGACUCCAUUAAGAGCUUUUUUGUCAACGUUGGGAUUACUGCUGCCACCCACUCCUGGUUAUGUUUCAAGCUUGACUUUUGCACCACAAAUCUUCUGACACCUCAACUCUUGUUUGUUGGACAGCUUUUUAAUUCCUAACAAUAACGAUACUGACAGAACAUCAAAUCUGUCACCAGUUUCAAUGUAUUAAAAAAAAAAAAAAAAAAAAAAAAAAGCAAAUGUGCCUUUUGACUGUUGGAGUUUGGCUUCCUGGUGAAUUUGCUCAUUUAAAGUCACUCUCCUCAGUGUACCAGAUAACUUGAAGAUGAGAUUUGGUUUUACCGCACUCCAUGUUCUAUUUAUUUAGAAAACAUGUUUCACACUUUAUAUAACCAUGAAGGAUACUGAUAGACACUGACAAUCAUAGGAUGCACUUUGUUCACCUUUUGUUAAAAAAAAAAAAAAAAUGUACGUAAAUAAAAAAGUGUGUACAUUACUGUGUUUUUUCUUAGGCGCGUAUACAGUAUUUGUUGGAAGUGCCACCCCUCCCUGUAAGCCAGGGGUGUUCCAAAGUGCGGCCCGGGGGCUAUUUGUGGCCCGCAGCGCGAUUUUUAUUGGCCCGCGACACAUUCUAUAGACAAACUGAACAGGUCCCAAAUUAGAACAAAAAACUCAAUCAAAUUACAACAAAAAACUAUGAAAUACCCCAAAAAUGGGACCUAACAUUGAUUAAAUGUUAAAAAGCAUGUUUUAAUGUAUUUGUGUUGUAGAAUAUUGGUUGGAAAAUGACUCAAAUUCAAUGGUCAAAUCACCGUCAGAAAACAACAUUGAUUAAACGUUGUCAAAAAGCAUGUUUUAAUGUAUUUGUGUUGUAGAAUAUUGGUUGGAAAAUGACUCAAAUUCAAUGGUCAAAUCACCGUCUGAAAACAACAUUGAUUAAACGUUGUCAAAAA